AUGGGAUCUGUUGGUAUUGAAUCGCCGCCUUUCAAGGUUCUAGGCGAUCCUCGCCCCGAUGACCUUUCCCUCCCUGCAUUCAUGGUCUCGACGACCCGAGGCUUCCUUCCCAGGGCCGACCCCAUUGUCAAGUUACCCGAGGAAUUUGAUGUCUUCGAGGGUAUCCUCCAGCGCAUGCCCGUCAAGACUCUUUCAGGAGAGCCCGGUCUCCUAGCACAGUAUAAGCUGGGAGAGACUGUCGACAAGGAGCUGCCCAAUCUAACAGAGGCCGUGGAAAAGUACAAGGAUAACUUGCCGCUCCAGAAUGCUCUGUACAGAGACUAUUCUUUCCUGGCUUCAGCUUACCUGCUUGAGCCGUGCCAUCACAAAUUUAUCAAAGGGGAGCCCUACGGUCUUGGGCGGGACUUUUUGCCAGCCAACAUUGCACAACCAAUUGCACGAUGCGCUGCUAUCUGUGGAUUCAAGCCGUUCAUGGAGUAUGCUGGUUCCUAUGCCCUAUACAACUACUACCUCGUGGACCAGGCCAAGGGCAUGGAAUACUCCAACCUGCGACUGAUUCGCGCUUUUGAGCACGGUCUCGACCCCACGUCUUCGGAAGCGGGUUUUGUCCUUGUGCACAUCGACAUGGUGAAGAACACCGGGCCCUUGAUCGACGGAACCAUGAAGGCCUUUGAUGCUGCCGCUGAGCCGUGCGCCGACUCCAUUGAGCGACGCAGCAAGUUCAACGAGGGCAUGGGCUUGAUGCUGGGUGCACUGCAAAAGAUCAACCAAACCAUGGAGACCAUGUGGGACAAGUCCCGUCCCACAGAGUACACCAGCUUCCGGACUUUCAUCUUUGGCAUCACCUCCCAGAGCAUGUUCCCCAACGGCGUCGUGUAUGAGGGCUUGAACGACGGCAAACCCCUCUCCUUUCGUGGCGAGAGCGGCGCCAAUGACUCCAUUGUUCCGCUCAUGGACAAUUUCCUUCAGGUGCCCAUGCCUAGCACACCACUUACAGAGAUCUUGAAAGACUUCCGCGAGUACAGGCCGACCAAUCACCGAGGCUUCCUCCAGUGGGCAAAGGGCUGCUCCUUGGAACUCGGGCUAAAGAAGUACGCCCUGGCUGUCGACGCCAAGCCCACCACUGUUGAGGAGGAGAAUUUGAUUAACCAGUCACGGAGUUACUGGAUCCAAUUGCUGAACCAGGUGCGGGAAUUCCGCUGGAGGCAUUGGUGCUUUGCUCGCGAGUACAUUCUCAAGCGCACUUCGCACCCCACAGCCACCGGCGGCAGCCCCAUUGUGACCUGGUUGCCCAACCAGCUCGAAGCCGUGUUGCAGGAAAUGGUUAGCAUUUACGAUUCUGUCAAGGGCGAGAGUGGAGUGGACAAGACAUGUACGGAUAUCAUGGAAACGGCGGUAAGGCAAAGAGACACACUGCGCAAGGAGGUUGACAAGUACUGCGCGGAGAGGGGGGUAAACCGCCCGCAAUGA